GUGGAUGACCGGAUUGAAGAAAUUUUGAUGUUUAAUCAAAAUUAAACAUUUAAAACCGUGAAGAUGCUCUUGCACUACUAUCAAUCACAAAUCUCACUUUCACAGUUCACUGUCUAGAAACCUUACAAAACCCUAGCAAUGGCGGUGAACGGGACACCAGAGACUCUCCAAAUCCAUAGACUCCCACUCUCCAAAUACAUCGAUGCCCUCCGUUGGCUUCCACCUCUCUCCGCCGUUGACCGCUUCGUCGUCCUCGCCGUAUUCGACUCCGAUUCCUACUCCUCCGCUAUCGAAAUCCACUCUCUAACCCGAUCAAACCCCUCAAACCUAACUCUCCAAUCCUCAUGGUCCUCACCCUCAAGAAUUUCCUCCCUCAAAGUCUCUCAAACCCUCCACAAACCCCUCAUCGCUGCAUCCACCUUCUCCGGCUCGCUCCAUGUCCUGCUCGCUGACCCGGUCGAUGUGUUGAUCGAAUCAGAGGUUUCGGUGCCUGGGAAGACAUUGCACGUUGGACCCAUUUCGUGUAUUGAUGUGCAGGAAAAUGGGUCUGAGUGUGUUAGUGUUGGGGAAGAUGGGAGGGUGAAUUUGGUGAGUGUUGGUAAUUCGAAUUUGAGUCACCGCCGGUUUUUCGAUAGCAAUGGGUUGGUGUCGUAUACAGCGGCGAAGUGGGCGUCGCCGAUGGAGUUUGCCACGGGUGGAUUGGGGUUUAGUCUUCAGUGGUGGGAUCAGAGAAAGCCUGGAGGACCAGCUUCUCAGUUCAAGGGUAAUUGGGCUCGUGGAACUACUUCUGGGAUUGUACACUCCAUUGAUAUUCAUCCAUCGAGAAAACACACUUGUAUUGUAAGAUGCUACUUUUUCAUUCUGCAUUCCUCUCAUAAAAAUAUGUAG